AUGUCACUAACAAGUAAAGAAGUGAAUUACCUAAUAUGGCGAUAUCUUCAAGAAACAGGAUAUGAUCUCACAGCUUAUGCAUUUGAUCGACAGUCGGAUUGUCUGAGCUACGAAAGAAAUUCAAAUGACGAAAUAAUAAAUAGGAUUGAAGUUGGAUGUCUAAUAGAUCUAAUACAAAAAGGCAUACUAUAUACCAUAGCUGAAACGGAAGCAAAAAGUGACGAUCAAUACUCUCUACUAGGAGCAUUGGUGCAAAAAGAACUAGAAGAUACGAAUCUAAAGUAUCAUAUUAUCAAAGAAAAUGGUGUAGACCAAAUUAAAGACAACGACCAGGAUAAAAAUGUCGACAUACAAGAGGAUACACCUAUGGAAGAACCUUCUGAAGUGAAAAAUAUUAUUCCAGAAAUAAAGUUUCCUUCCAGUCUAUCUUGUGAUUGGCAUCCAUCCAGUGAAGCAUUUGCAUAUGGUAAAUCGAAUGGAAAUGCAAUAGUAACAGCAGUAAAAGAUGGAAAUCUUAUUGAGUCAGUCGAAAUAAGUCACCCAAGCCUACUAAAUAUCAAAAAUGAGAUAAAUUAUGUAUCUUGGUCACCACUAGGUAAUUUAUUAAUAACUUCAGGAGCAUUUGGAGAAAUUAGAGCUUGGUCACCAGAUGGAAGAUUGAAAAAUAUUGCAAAUACUAUGGAAGAGUUUAAUCAAGUCAAAUCUAAUGUAAUAACAAAUAUACUAUGGAGUCAACUGGGGAAAUUCGUGGUUACAAUAGAUAGUGAAAAUCAAGUAACAAUAUGGGAUGGACUCACGUUAUCAUUAGUACAGCGAAUAAAAAAUGAAGAUCAUAAUGACGCAAAUUCAAUUCUGACAGCUUGCUGGCUUAGCGAUGAUAAAUUUGCAAUAAGUUCUUCUUCCACACACGAUAUAAAAUUAUAUGAUAUUAAAAAGGCACCAUCUGGGAAAGUCUUUGACUUUCAAUAUAUUGGAGCAUUAGUUGGACAUCUGAAUACAAUCACCAUAAUGAAAUUAAAUCCUGUGUCAAAACUUCUAGCUACUUGUUCAGAUUUUGAUUAUCAAAUUCGAAUAUGGAAUAGUUCUUCAACUCAACCAAGUUUGGAUUUAAAUGUAAAAACGGAGCUGGUGAAAGUACAUGCUUCACCAAUAAUUGAAUUAAAUUGGUUACCAAUAGAAAAUAAAAAUUACUUAUUGUCAACAUCGAUGGAAGGAGUGUUAAAUGUUUGGGAUGCAGAAACUGGUGAGAAUUGUAAUUCAUGUGAAUUAUUUAAAAACCCCGUGUUUGAUCAAGACAGAGACAUGUUGGUUUUUAUUUCAUCUGUUUCACCAAAUGGAAAGUUAUUGGCUAUAGGUGAUGAUUAUGGAAAAAUAUCAAUCUGGAAUUUAGAUUUCGAAAAUUACAAACUACAAGAUAAAUCUUACAUCGAAUGCUUAGCUGUAUACGAUCCUGAUGCAAGAGUUAAAAUUGAUGAUAAGGAACAGCGAAAUAAAGCUUCCAUAGGUUUGUGUGAUUUGAAAUGGGAUCAUGAAUCAAAAAAAUUGAUUGGUUCGUACAUUGGUUUGGAUAGUGUAGUUAUAUAUUACAAUAAUUAA